AGGGUGGAUUCUUGAAUGAGAUGUCACCAGUCUUCUGAUCACCAGCAACAUUCAUCUCACUACCAUCUCAUCCAUCCAACAAACACCCGAAUCAAAAUGGCGUCCAAGGUACUGAUCGCUUUCAUGGCUCUCCUCGUCGUUGCUAUGGCAAUGGAGUUUGCUGAGGAGGGGAUGGAUUUCGACAUGGAGCAGCUUCAUCUGUCUGAGAAGAGGGGACAAAGCAUGAGGAAAUACAAGGUUUGUGAAACCCAGUUCAGCGCCGACCAGACCUGCUGGUGCUCUCGCCGUAAUGGAAAGUUCGCUUUCUGCGCUGGCGCCGCUGGUGGUGAGAACAUCUAAACCUACCAAACUAUGGUUUCCAUGGUAACACAUACCCUAUACCGACCGACCGAUACAUGAAUCGAUACGAAAGGCCAGCUAUAUCGUGACAGCCGUCUAGUACCGUCUGCAUUUCGAGUUUUGUUCCGUUUCAAUGCCUGUAGUAAAGAAUAAAUACUUCCAAUUUUGAAACAAAAA